UGUUGAAUUUGUUAUUUCUAAACAAGCUUUUACCGCGUGAACAUCAAUCGGUUAAUUUGGUGCACGAACACUUCUGGUACAGCUGAAGGUGAAUAUUCUCAAUGGAACCUUCUAGUACGGAAGAAGCAACCAUUGCUUCGCCCAGUAUGCAAGAAGGAUCAAUUGCUUCACCCAGCACGGAAGAAGCAAUCAUUACUUCACCAGGUGUGGAAGCAGGAACCAAUACUUCACACCGUAUGGAAGCAGGAUGCAUUACUUCACCCAUGUUAGCAGGACUAUUGGAAGCGGUGGAACAAAACAAGCAGGCAACCCACCAGCUAACCGUCGCGUUCGAACAAUUGCGGAGUACUAUAGAACAGUUCGUCAACAACCAUCGGCUUUAUUGUCCUGCUGCCGCGACGCCAAGCGUUCCUAAGAAGCCGAUUUUUCUGAAAAGAACGAUUGCUUCGAAGGAGAAGCUUAUCAUGGUAGACAGGUCUUUGGGAACGCCGGAUAGCUUUAACCAAACAAAACUGUGGCUUCGUAGUCGCAUGAAACCGGGCAAAACGAUCCGGCAGGAACUGCACCACAUGCUGCGCCUCCUGUUUUCGCCCAAAUUCCUGCUGAAAUGUUCCUGGAACGGUGUUGGGAAAUUUAAACCCAAAGUGCCUUUCAAAACUCAGACCAAUGUACUGCAAUUGUUGAUUGCAGUGCUAGAGCGGGGCGGUAGGACGGUGGACAUUAGUUACAUUAAGCGGGUCGUUUCGGCAAAGCUUUUGAAUGCGAAAAUUCGUUUGACUGAAAAGAAAUGAAAUAAUACAUGAAUACUCGUUAUCUAACUUGGUUAAAAUAUAUUGAAAAU